AUGUAUGUUAAGAAUGAAAUGAGGAAUCGACCAGAAAUUCAGAACUUUAUGCCUACAUGGUAUGGAAAUUUGGGCAACAGAGACAGUGUGAUUGCACCGAGAAGUAACUUUGAUACCUAUGUUAUUAAUGAUAUGACUUCUAAUGAAGAUGAUAGACGUAGGUCUCAUGGUAUGUCUGCCUUGCCUUACCUUACCUUACCUUACCUUACCUUACCUUACCUUACCUUACCUUACCUUACCUUACCUUACCUUACCUUACCUUACCUUACCUUACCUCACCUUACCUUACCUUACCUUACCUUACUUUACCGUACCCUAAAGUACUCUAUUCUACCCUACUCUAAACCAUCCUGCCUUACUUUACCCUAUUCUAUCUCACCCUAACUUAUCCUAUCAUUCCUUUCCUUUUCCUAACCUAUCUAACCUUACUCUACCCAAAUCAAAGUGGCCAAGAAAUGCUUAUCAAUUUUCAGAUGACAACUCACACCAUCACACCAUAAGACCAAUACACCUAGACACAAGCCACGACUCACAUCAUUAUGACCAUCAAUUUGGAGAUUACCAUCAUACACACGAUCCUCCUUCAUACCAUGAAGCAAACCAUGUAUCGACAACAUAUGACGACUCAUAUAUAUAA